UUGGUUCAGUCCAUGGCCUCGAACCCGGAAGUAGUAGUAAAUAUGUACACUGUCAGCUGACUUCCAUCCUCCUGACAGUGAUUAGCUGAAGCCCAGUGCUCUCUUUCUGUUAUACUGUGAUAUCAGCUCUUUAUAUUCCGAGUAAAAGCUUCAUUCAUGGAUCUUUAUUAAGUUAUUAGAAGCAGCUCUUCGCGUAGUCAGUUAGCUUAGCCCCUCCGAGCAUUAGCUGUGUAGCAGUUAGCAGGUCAGACUCACACCUGGGAGUCAGCUGCUGCAACACACCUUUCUACAGGGUGUUAACAUGGACAAGAUUUCUCAGGAUGUGGGUGAUAUUCAGUCCAGACUGUUGGACCACAGACCGGUUAUCAACGCAGAGAUCCGCUACUUCGUGAGAGAGUUUGAGGAGAAGCGUGGACACAGGGAGAGCCGGCUGCUUGAGAACCUGAAUAAAAUGGUGACGGAGACAAACGAGCAAAUGUUGCCGACAAGUUUAGAGGCCAUCAGUCAGCAGCUGUCUGACAUCACCAAGCGGCUGGAGGCUGCUAAUCACAUGGCAGAGAGAGUCCAGCAGAGGGAGCUAGAGGCACAGCAGAGCUCCCAGCUGCAGGUGAACAUGGAGCGUUUAAAGGAGGAGUGGGCAGAGUUCCUGAAGGAGCAGCAGAGAUUAAAAGAGGAGGUGGAUGAGGAGCACGCCAAGGCUGUGGGACAACUCAGCACUCAGUACAGCGAAAUGAAGAAGGAUUUAACCAAGUUUCCAUCCGUUUAAUACUCAGUGUGUUGGGGUGUGAUGUGUUUGUUUGUGUUAUGGACGUGUACCUCAGCCCGUGCUAAACAAAGCUGCUGGCUUUGAUUGAUGUACUUGAUGGUUUUGCUGCGGCACUAAACUCAACAUGUUCCAAACCAUAAAUCUGAAGUUUACAAUGUGAUGUUUCACAGACCAUCAAACUCUCAGUUCUGUCUUUUAGCACGCAGGAUUUUCACGGCACCUAAAAGGUCUGGAACAUGUCAUGUUUUAAAACAAGCAAGCGUUUGAUUGUUCCAAGGCUGUGAAGUUUUCAACGUUAAAGAUUUUUAAUGGACGCCUGCCUGAAGGGUGCAGAUGAUACAUUUUCCUGGAGUUGAAAGGAACAUGCAUCAUGAAAUGUUUGAAAGGCUCUUCAGAGCAGGUGUGUUUAAAGCACAGGUCAAGUGUUGUAGAAAUGAGCUGAGACAGAAGUGUUUCCAGAGCAGAUCAUCCCUCACCAGCUCACAUGUGUUUGACAAGAACUCAAGUACACCGAGCGGCUGAUGAAGUCACUUUUAUUAUGGAAUAGCUUGGCUGUAGCCAACUUGAACAAUCAGCAUCAGAGUUGUUUAUUUAGUCUGAAUUUUAUGUGAGUUUUUUUCAUAGCUUUUUUAAGAGAAAUGGUCACACACACACACACGUCGACAUGCUCCUGUUGGUUGUUCUGCUUAAAGUUCACAAAAUGCUUAUUUCUGUUCAUCAGAUUAAAAACACACUGAAGUACAUGAUGACAGGUAUACACUCACUUUGAAGUCAAUAAACAGAUCAGACCUAAGA